AUAAUAUGGGAAGGAACACCAGUCGACCUUUGACAAACUCCAAGCGUGCUGCCCAGAACAGAGCUGCCCAGAGAGCUUUUCGCCAACGCAAGGACAGGUACAUCAAAGAUUUGGAAGCAAAAGCAAAAGACUUGGAUGCUCUCAAGAAACAGGUGGACGAUUUGCUUAAGGAAAAAAGCAUGAUGCAACAAACGAUUCGUAGAUUAGAAGCCGAGAAUGCAAAGUUGAAGGGGGAAGAUGUUAGCGAUGAAGAAGGGCGCCAGGUCUUUGGUGGAAAUAAUUCAAAUGGUGCUGGCUCAUCCAAUUCAAAUUAUUCGCAUUACGGAAAUUCUACCCGGGAUGAUGAUGAUUCGCAGCUCCUGGGUGAUGAGCCCUGGUCAAGGCAUAAUAAUAAAGAUUCUGGUCGUAAGGGUGGUUUUGGUGUGAACGACGAACGGCCUGGUUCAUUUUUCUCUGCAGGUUCCUCUUCCUCAUCCACAUCGGCUUUAAAUCGUCCGGGGUCCGAGUAUUCGCAAAGGGGCUCCGGUUUGGUUUUGCCUCCCGGCCCGAACACCGAUUCAUCGGUUGACCCCUGCUUCAGACCCGAUUAUCGAAAUGCAAAUUCGCAUUCCAGCCCCUCACCUCCAUCUUCAUCCUCAGAUCGUAACAGCCGAGCAUAUCAACACAACAACAGUAAUAAUAACGGGAGAUCUGGCUAUCCGAACAAUGAGGAAGAUACAGAUCGUGUCUAUGAUGACUUGUGUGAAUUGAUGAAGACCCGAUCUCGUCCUGAUCUACCUCACAACAUAAAUAUUUGGCCAUCCCAGCACUCUCCAGCUCAACAGAAUGUUGUAACCAACGGAAGUAGCACCGUGGCAGGAUAA